GCAAGUGUGGCUGCGAGCGGAGGGGGGCCAGAGCUCUCCGGCGGUGAUCACAGGGCUAUAUGACAAAUGUUCUUAUGCCUCACGUGACCGAGGAUGGGUCGUGGGCAUUCACACCGUCAGUGACCAAGGCAACAGAGACCCACGCUACUUUUUCUCCUUGAAGACAGACCGGGCCCGGCAAGUGACCACCAUCAAUGCCCACCGCAGCUACCUCCCAGGCCAGUGGGUACACCUGGCUGCCACCUACGACGGGCGGCUGAUGAAGCUCUAUGUGAACGGUGCCCAGGUGGCAACCUCUGGGGAGCAGGUGGGUGGCAUUUUCAGCCCACUGACCCAGAAGUGUAAAGUCCUCAUGCUGGGAGGCAGCGCCCUGAACCACAACUACCGGGGCUACGUGGAGCGCUUCAGCCUGUGGAAGGCGGCCAGGACGCAGCGCGAGGUCCUGCUGGACAUGGAGACGCGCGGCCUCCACGCUCCUCUACCUCAGCUCCUCCUGCAGGAGAACUGGGACAACGUGAAGCGCGCCUGGUCCCCCAUGAAGGACGGCAGUAGCCCCCGCGUGGAGGCCAGCGGCGCCCGUGGCUUCCUGCUGGACACGAGUCUGGAGCCUCCUCUGUGCGGGCAGACGCUGUGUGACAACCCCAAGGUCAUCUCCAGCUACAACCAGCUGCCGCGUUUCCGCCGGCCCAAGGCGGUGCGCUACCGCGUGGUCAACCUCCACGACGAUGGCCGUGAGAACCCCACGGUGAGCCGCCAGCAGAUCGAUUUCCAGCACCGGCAGCUGGCCGAGGCCUUCAAGCACUACAACAUCUCCUGGGAGCUGGAGGUGCUGGAGGUGAGCAACUCAUCCCUGCGCCGCCGCCUCAUCCUGGCCAACUGCGACAUCAGCAAGAUCGGGGACGAGAACUGCGACCCCGAGUGCAACCACACGCUGACGGGCCACGAUGGCGGGGACUGCCGCCACCUGCGUCACCCCGCCUUCACCAAGAAGCAGCAGAACGGGGUGUGCGACAUGGACUGCAAUUACGAGCGGUUCAACUUCGACGGCGGGGAGUGCUGUGACCCCGAGAUCACCGAUGUCACCAAGACCUGCUUCGAUCCCGACUCUCCGCACAGAGCAUACUUGGAUGUUAAUGAGCUGAAGAACAUUCUUAGACUGGAUGGAUCAACACACCUCAAUAUCUUCUUUGCAAACUCCUCGGAGGAGGAAUUGGCAGGAGUAGCAACUUGGCCGUGGGACAAGGAGGCCCUAAUGCAUUUAGGUGGCAUUGUCUUGAAUCCAUCUUUCUAUGGCAUUCCUGGGCACACCCACACCAUGAUCCAUGAGAUCGGGCACAGCCUGGGCCUCUAUCACAUCUUCCGAGGCAUCUCAGAAAUCCAGUCUUGCAGUGACCCCUGCAUGGAGACAGAGCCCUCCUUUGAGACCGGAGACCUCUGCAGUGACACCAACCCAGCCCCAAAGCACAAGUUCUGCGGUGACCCGGGGCCAGGGAAUGACACCUGUGGCUUUAACAGCUUCUUCAACACUCCUUACAGCAACUUCAUGAGCUAUGCAGAUGACGACUGCACUGACUCCUUCACGCCCAAUCAAGUCGCCAGAAUGCACUGUUACCUGGACCUGGUGUACCAGAGCUGGCAGCCCUCCAGGAAGCCGGCGCCUGUCGCCCUUGCACCCCAGAUCGUAGGCCACACGACCGACUCUGUGAUGCUGGAGUGGUUCCCGCCCAUCGACGGCCACUUCUUUGAAAGAGAAUUGGGAUCAGCAUGUGACCUUUGCCUGGAAGGGAGAAUCCUGGUGCAGUAUGCCUUCAACGCCUCCUCCCCGAUGCCCUGUGGCCCAUCAGGACACUGGAGUCCUCGGGAAGCAGAAGGUCAUCCAGAUGUUGAACAACCCUGUAAGUCCAGUGUCCGCACCUGGAGCCCAAAUUCAGCUGUCAACCCACACACAGUCCCUCCAGCCUGCCCUGAGCCACAAGGCUGCUACCUUGAACUGGAAUUCCACUACCCCUUGGUCCCUGAGUCUUUGACCAUCUGGGUGACCUUUGUCUCCACUGACUGGGACUCCAGUGGGGCUGUCAAUGACAUCAAACUAUUGACUGUCAGUGGGAAGAACAUCUCCCUGGGCCCUCAGAACGUCUUCUGUGAUGUCCCACUGACCAUCAAACUCCGGGAUGUGAGCGAGAAGGUGUUUGGCAUCCAGAUCUACACGUUGGAUGAGCACUUGGAGAUAGAUGCGGCCAUGUUGACCUCUGUUGCAGACACCCCACUCUGCCUGGAGUGUAAGCCCUUGCAGUACAAGGUGGUCCGGGAUCCUCCUCUCCAGGUGGACGUGGCCUCCACCCUACACUUCGAUAGAAGAUUCACAGACAUGGAUCUACAUCUUGGCAGUGUGUACCAGUACUGGGUCAUCACUAUCUCAGGAAACGAAGAGAGUGAGCCGUCACCUGCUGCCACUUACAUCCACGGAAGUGGGUACUGCGGUGAUGGCAUCAUCCAGAAAAGCCAAGGUGAAGAAUGUGAUGACAUGAAUAAGAUCAAUGGGGAUGGCUGCUCCCUUUUCUGCCGACAGGAAGUUUCCUUCAACUGCAUCGAUGAACCCAGCCGGUGCUACUUCCAUGAUGGUGAUGGGGUAUGUGAGGAGUUUGAACAAAAAACUAGCAUCAAAGACUGUGGUGUCUACACGCCCCAGGGGUUCCUGGAUCAAUGGGCAUCCAACGCUUCCGUAUCCCAUCAAGACCAGCAGUGCCCAGGCUGGGUCAUCAUCGGCCAACCAGCAGCAUCCCAGGUGUGUCGAACCAAGGUGAUAGAUCUCAGUGAAGGCAUUUCCCAGCAUGCCUGGUACCCUUGCACCAUCAGCUACCCGUACUCCCAGCUGGCUCAGACCACUUUCUGGCUCCGGGCGUACUUUUCUCAGCCAAUGGUGGCCGCGGCUGUCAUUGUCCACCUGGUGACCGAUGGGACCUAUUAUGGGGAUCAAAAGCAGGAAACCAUCAGCGUCCAGCUGCUUGACACCAAAGACCAGAGCCACGAUCUAGGCCUGCAUGUUCUGAGCUGCAGGAACAAUCCCCUGAUUAUCCCUGUGGUCCACGACCUCAGCCAGCCCUUCUACCACAGCCAGGCGGUACGUGUGAGCUUCAGUUCACCCUUGGUCGCCAUCUCGGGGGUGGCCCUCCGUUCCUUCGACAACUUUGACCCCGUCACCCUGAGCAGCUGCCAGAGAGGGGAGACCUACAGCUCUGCCGAGCAGAGCUGCGUGCACUUCGCAUGUGAGGCCGCUGACUGCCCGAAGCUGGCUGUGGAGAACGCUUCUCUCAACUGCUCCAGCAGUGACCGCUACCACGGUGCCCAGUGCACUGUGAGCUGCCGGACAGGCUACGUGCUCCAGAUACAGCGGGAUGAUGAGCUGAUCAAAAGCCAGACAGGACCCAGUGUCACGGUGACCUGCACGGAGGGCAAGUGGAACAAGCAGGUGGUGUGUGAGCCAGUGGACUGCGGCGUCCCGGACCAGCACCACGUGUACGCUGCCUCAUUCUCCUGCCUCAAGGGCACCACGUUCGGCAGCACGUGCUCCUUCCAGUGCCGCCACCCAGCGCAGCUGAAAGGCAACAACAGUCUCCUGACCUGCAUGGAGGACGGACUGUGGUCCUUCCCAGAGGCCCUGUGCGAGCUCCUGUGCCUGGCCCCACCCCCAGUGCCCAACGCAGACCUCCAGACGGCCCGCUGCCGGGAGAACAAGCACAAGGUGGGCUCUUUCUGCAAGUACAAGUGCAGACCUGGAUACCACGUGCCCGGCUCCUCCCGGAAGUCAAAGAAACGGGCCUUCAAGACCCAGUGCACCCAAGAUGGCAGCUGGCAGGAGGGCGCUUGUGUUCCGGUGACUUGUGACCCUCCUCCGCCGAAGUUCCACGGGCUCUACCAGUGCACUAAUGGCUUCCAGUUCAACAGCGAGUGCAGGGUCAAGUGUGAAGAUAGCGAUGCCACCCAGAGCUCUGGGGAGAUGCAACACUCAGAGGCUUCUUCUGUGGAGGGUGGGGUCUCUCUUGGUCCUGACUGUGCUUCUGUGGCGUUCAGGGGCACGGGAGCAACGUCAUCCACUGCCGGAAAGAUGGUACCUGGAGCGGCUCCUUCCACGUCUGCCAGGAGAUGCAAGGCCAGUGCUCAGCCCCGGACCAGCUCAACAGCAACCUGAAGCUGCAGUGCCCUGCAGGCUAUGCCAUCGGGUCGGAGUGUGCCACCUCGUGCCUGGACCACAACAGCGAGUCCAUCAUCCUGCCAGUGAACGUGACCGUCCGUGACAUCCCCCACUGGCUGAACCCCACGCGGGUGGAG